UGAAAAACUCUUCUUUUAUCUCCUUUCCAUCCGUCAACGGUUUCCAUCUUCUUUUUGCCUUCAUUUCUUUCAUUCUCCUUCAAUGGAGAUUUAUCGAUUUCAUUCUCCAUUUUUCACAUGGUAUCAUAACAGAAAUCCGAUGCGCGCCUAUGAUUACCUCUAUCUCUUCUCUUUUUUUUUUCAAUUAACGGCGGUUGCUCAAUUGAGAGCUUGAGAUCGUCGUGAAUCAGUCGUCAAUGGCGGAUCUCGUCGCCAAUGAAUUGGAGAAGCGAUAAUAUCAGUGGCUGGCGGUGUAGAGUGAUGUUCUCAUCACCGUUGAUGCGCUCCAGAUCGAGCUCAUUUUCCGCCCUCGCCACCACCGAUGCUUCGCCGGUUGGUUUCUCUCGGAGCAAUCUGUUCCUCUCAUAUUCGCCGGAUGAUUAUCUCAACUCCGACGCCUCCAUUUACUCCUCGUUGCUUCAGAAUUACACAAUCCGCAAGUCUAUGGAGAUUUCGCACCGCCGAUGUACUCCAGAUCGGUGAUUUCUAUAUCCUCUGAUCUCAAUUGAAUUUUUUGUUUUUUUUUCAAUUCCGAUUGUUCAGGUUUGGUGUAGUAUGUUGAAGUAUGGAGUUGUAUGCUCCGAUUUGUAUGAUCCAAGUUUUAACUCUCCGAUUGUAUUCGGUUGAGUGUUUUCGUUUUGAGAAUAUGUUUUCUCAAAUUUGUUGUUGAAUCUGAAUAUGUUUUCAGAUUUGUCUCUAGUUUUCCGAUUGUAUGUCGGAUGUUUGUUCUGUUGUUCACCGAUUGUUCGGUUGGAUUUGUUUGUUGGAUUGUUCGGUUGUAUGUUGUAUUGUUCGGUUCGGUUCGUGCAUGUUUGGUUGAGGAGGAAAGGCUAUUUGGUGUUGGUGUCUAUGUUGUUGAAUUGCAGAUCUUUGUGGAGUGGAUUUGGUGUUGUUAAGAUGAUGAUUGUUGAUGAGUUGGUGUGGAGUGGAUUUGGUGUUGUUGAGAUGAUGAUUGUUGAUGAGUUGGAGAAUUCUCUAGCACUGGUUGUAACUUUUUCAUCGUGCUUCUCACUCCCAGAACCAGCACCAACCACAGGAUUUUCAGAAUCAAUCGUAGGAUUUGAAUCUUCUGUAGCAGCAUUAGUUUGCCAUGCUCUUCUGGAAACAUAUUCAGGUGCAUGUAGCAUUAAAGUUUGGUCAUUAGCCUCGGGAGAGUGCAUACAUGAGCUCAAUUCUGACGGAAACCAAUUUCAUUCUUGUGUAUUCCAUCCAAGUUAUUCUACUCUCUUGGUGAUUGGAGGACUACGGGCUUUGGUGUUGUGGAACAUGGUGGAGUGGAGAUUUUUAUGUUGCAUCUGUAGUUGUUGCAGCAACUCUAAUUCCAGCAAAGCUAUGGUUUGCAAUUGAUCAAGUUGGAUCUUUCCUUAACAUGGAGUUAGUAUAGAAUUUAUUGAGGAGUAUGCAUUAUAGUUGGAUGCUCAAGAUGGAGUUUCUGCCGAAGAGGAGUUGAGAUCAAUUUUUGAUAGAUGAUCAAUCAGAAGCUGCUCCUUGGCAUGACUCCAAAUAAUGAUGGAGAUGGUAUUAGGUUGUCUAUGCCUCAACUCACAUCAGACAGGAGAAAGGAGUUGUCAAAGGUUGUGGCUAAGCAGGCUGAAGAAGGCAAGGUUGCCAUAAGGAAUAUCAGAAGAGAUGCCAUCAAAUCUUAUGAAAAGCUUGAGAAGGAGAAGAAGCUCUCAAAGGAUAAUGUGAAGGAACUAUCUGCUGAUUUGCAGAAAGUGAUAGAUGAGUACAUGAAAAAGAUCGAGUCCAUCUUCAAACAGAAAGAGAAGAAGCUGCUCCACCUCAAGUCCUCAACCUGCGUGGAAUUUGGGUGAAUUAGUUUUGUAGUUUGAUGCAUCAUUUUUAUGUUUCUUAUGUAGUUUGAUGUUUGUUGUCAAGAUGAAAUUAGAAAAAUCAAAUGUAAUUAGUUAGGCAUCUUGAGGGGGAUUUAUCGAUUUCAUUCUCCAUUUUUCACAUUUUUCAGCCCAUGGAAUACGAGUGAUCAAUUCAAGGGCCAAUAUACAUGCAA